AUGUCAGCUGAGCUAGCUUUGGCCAUUGUUGCUACCGUUGAUCUGUGCCUGAAGUAUGGGACAGAAUUGAAGCAAGUAUGCACUACGCUUGGAGCUGCCAGUAGUGAGGUCGCAGAAGCAGUACUGAAAUUGGAGAACGGGUUGUUGAGGUUUCAACAACAGCUUGACUUCUCACAGCGAAUCCGGCACCUCAUGAGCCGACAGCACCAAGAAAUAUACGAUAGGAGCCUGGUUAUGUUUCAAAGCAAGCUGGAAAUCCUGAAGUCCAUCCUUCAAAGCGCUACGUCUCCUACUGAUGUGGAUGGUCUCGAUAGACUGAAGUACCUUUGGAAGAGGAACGUCAUCACAGAAGCAAUUCAAAACCUCGAAACCUGGCAGGCCCUUACGGACCAAACAUGGUUCUUGUUCAUGACCAUAGUGGACGCGGGUGUCGACGAUGCCUUAACCAUGAAAGACUCAAAAGUCCUGAGCAUUAUACCGUCUGCAUCAACAAUUAGAUCUUCCUGCAUGCUGAACAAAUCCCUAAGCGGUGCUAAAUUAGUUCUGCCGCAUGGAGAGAUCGAAAAAAUGGAAGUAUCCGAUAUAGCCUUCUCAGACGUCAAGCUAGCCAAAAGGGACAGUUCAUCUGGUUCAUCUUCUAUCUAUAUUCUCAACGAAAUCAGUGGUCUCCAGUCUCCGCCUGGAUCAUACUUUUCGAGAUACACGAUUGCCAAAGAGGACUCCGGCCAGCUUGCAAGCAGGCUACAGCACAAUGAGCCGGAAAAAUUCGGACUUCUCACUUGCAAAGGGUUCACCUUAUCUGGCACAAAAGCAAAUCCAAAGAUUACCUUGGUGCUAAGAACACCGCCUGGUCUUCUUCCAUGUCCGCGAAGCUUGCGAGAUCUGUUGCUCAGUACGGAGCUUCCAGGGUCUCUUACCCAACGUCUUGAUAUUGCCAAAGGUCUGGCAAAUGCAGUUGGCUACGUUCACGUCUUUGGCUUCGUUCACAAAAAUAUCCGUCCAGAGUCGAUCCUGUGCUUCAAUCGACCAGAUGGAGAAAUCGCGUCCACCUUCCUUGUUGGUUUCGAGCUCUUCCGCAGAGACAUGGGCUGGACCCAGAGGUUAGGCGACACUGCGCCCGAUAAAAAUCUGUAUCGUCAUCCAUCCCGCCAAGGGAUUGAUCCCGCAUACAAUUAUACAAUGCAGCACGAUAUAUACAGUCUUGGCGUCUGUCUCCUGGAGAUAGGUCUUUGGAAAAGCUUCAUUGACUACACCCCACCAGGUACGCGUCUAGCAGCCCUGGUGUCAGAUGCUUUACAAUCUCCAACUGGCGUCAACGACCAGCAGUUGAAUGUAAGGCUUUCAGUUGAAGGGAAGGAGAGGCUGGUUUGCCUAGCACGUGAAAAGCUGCCCCAAUUCAUGGGGACCAAGUACUCCGAGGUCACAAUAGCCUGUCUGACAUUCAUGGACAAAGAGAGCCCAGAGCCCAGCGACGACUUGGAACCUGGGGAUGACAAGGAAGUUCUUAUUGGUGUACAGUACAUUGACCAGAUUCUUCUUCUCUUAAACACGAUAGUCAUGUGA